AUGCCAAACCUGCGCCGCCAGCCCAAUCCGAGUGGCCAGCUGGAUGAGGCACGUGCCGGAAAUCUUCGUGCACAGUUCCAGACUCCGCCGUCGCGCCGCACCCCUUCCAACCCAACACGCGCCGCUCCUCCAUCAACAGGGCCUCAUGAGAUAACCCCGGACGCAUUGCCUGCGAUGGCCCCUCCAGCAGGAAUAAUAAACCCUUUCGGUAUCUUUGGCCGUGGUACUCGACAUGACCCUCAAGCUCCACCGCCCCAAGAAUAUGGUGAGGACGAGGGUGAGGACGAGGACGUGUUUGAUGACGCGGACGAGGACUUUGAUCCCCACGCCCAGGAUGUCAACCAGGACGAGUAUGAGGAUGAAUUGGACUCAGACGAGCACCCAGGAUCUGAGGAGCUCGAGGAUACCGAAGAUGUCGACCCAGCGGAGUUGGACGAGAUGAUGGAUGACCAGCUCGAGGAGGACGACGAAGACAUGGACCGAGAGCGAUCGGAAUCGCCUCUCCCUUCAAACCUGCGUGAAAUCUCAUCUCUGGCUUCAUGGACCGUCUCAACCUCCAAGCCUGGCUGCGGUGUCGCAGCCCUGCGCAACCCCUCACCAAUGCAGUACUGGCAAUCCGACGGCCCGCAGCCACAUAUCCUCACCCUACAUUUCUUCAAACUUGUCGCUGUCGUGCGCAUCCGGGUAUAUCUAGAUUUCAAUAUGGACGAAAGCUACACGCCUACAAAGAUGAUCUUCCUCGCCGGGAUGGGCGGCAACGACCUUGUCGAGUUCGCAACCUGGGAAGGCGAAGCGCCACGCGGCUGGGAAGACAUCCCGCUCGAGGGCGUUGGCGGCCGGAAUGGAGGCUGGGUACACGAAGACAAGACCCGUCCACGUCGCAGAUCGAGCCACGCCGAGGGCGAAGAUAGUGACGAUGGGGACUCCGAGCUGGAGGAGAGACUGAGGCAGGAGCCUUACUACGGUAACGUUCUCAAGGCUAUGGUGAUUCAGAUGCGUGUGAUGGAGAAUCAUCAGAAUGGAAAGGACACGCAUGUCCGUGGAUUCCAGGUUUUUGCUUCUGACGGGUCCCGGGCUACUAUGACUGCCCCGUCCGCUUCUGCUGAUGGACGUGACCGUCUCCGGAGACAUAGCCAUCGCCAGUCUUUGCGGCCAAAUUCCCAUCAUGAUCGGGUAGGCAGUGUGGAUUUAGAUGUGGCGAGGUUGGACUUACAAGCAGUGAGGCCUGUUUCCCCGAGUGGGUUGGAAGAGCCGGAGUGGAUGGGCGAGCCUAUUAUUCGGUGA